CCAUCAUUAUCCGGAGCGGCCGCCGAGCCUCGUCACUCCUCACGCUGAAAUAGGGGUGCAGAAGGCUGCCGGGAGCGCUGCGAAACCUCGCCUCUGAACUGAGAAAUGCACACAUAACCACGGGCGGCGUUGGUAAACUUUUUAUUAUAUAAAUAUAUGCAUUUUUAUUGCCUGGACUAGAACCGGGCGUAAAAUGGGAGGUUUAUAGUAAAAAUAGUUUAAAUAUCGGUGUACAUUUCAGUAAACGUCUGUUAAAUCCCGGCUUUGCUUGGAAAUGCGCAUAACGGCGUGAGUAAAGCGUGUCUGAACCUCGCCGCGGACCAGGAACGGGACCGGGCCGUAAAGGGGGGAGGAAAGCACGUCUGAGGUUUGCCGCGGACCGGGACCGAGACCGAGACCGGGACCGUGGUGCUUUCCGUGCGGACUGUUCGGACUCCCUGGAUAUGGCCAUGAAUCCUCUCAGCUUUAUUCUGGCACUGGGGCUGCUGUCGGUUCCCCUCUGCGGCGCUUUCUUCACGGGACCUCUGCAUCCCGAAAUGUCUAACGGCACCUUCCACCAUUACUUUGUUCCGGACGGUGAUUACGAGGAGAACGACGAUCCGGAGAAAUGUCAGAUGCUCUUCAAGAUGACGGACGAGCGCAAAUGCGGACUGGAUGAGGACCAGGACUCCGUGAUCCGGGAUGAUUUCACCAUCAUAAAGCGUCACAUAGAGGACGCGGCACGGGUGCUAGAGGGCGUCGGCAGGAGCAUCUCCUACGACCUGGACGGCGAGGAGAGCUAUGGCAAGUACCUGAAGCGGGAGAGCACACAGAUCGGCGAGGCUUUCGGUAGCUCGGAGAAGGCGCUGCUGGAACUGGAGGUGAAGUUCAAGCAGAGCCAGGAGAGCGACCUGAAGGAGGACCAGCGCAUCAACGAUCACUUUCUCACCAUGAUGGUGCACACACGGGACGUGCUCAAGGAGACGCUAGACAUCUCGCUAGGUCUGAGGGACAAGCAUGAGCUACUGUCCCUCAUCAUCCGCAGUCAUGGGACGCGGCUAAGCCGCCUGAGGAACGAGUACAUAAAGGUGUAAUGUUCUCAAAAAAUACACUGAUAUGCAUGCAUACAUGCAUGCAAAUAUACUCCACUACCGUCGGAGUAGUAGCCUAAAUAAGUUUAACUUAUUUUUAAACUGACGCAGCGUAUCGCGUAGUAUUCGGAUGGUAUUCAGAUGGUAUUCAGCACGGAUCGUGUCCCAUAUCCAUGUUCUUAGCCUUCGUGUAGUUCCUCGGAAACCCGUAAAGCAAUUACAAACGUAUUAGAAAUAUUUUUUUAUGCAUAUGAAAAACUAUACAACGAAUUUGUUAUAUAAUAGUACUGACGGUCACUUCACGUUAUUGCGUCAAAACUUUCCGAUUUGUUUUAUACAAAUGCAGGACAAUGAUUGAUUUACCAAAGAAUUAAGCAUUCAGACAUUUUUACUUGAAUUUGUUGCGCUUUAAUCUAUUUCUACCCUCGGAUCUAUUGAAUCUACAUAUUGAUAAAGCCAUGUAAAAAUUAAAUAUUAAUAUAAAUAGCAAUCGGCACCGCGGUGUGCUACAGUUUUGUUUUAUAUAUCGAAUUUUUAGCGCGUAUUAUUCAUUUAUCAUACAAUAAUUUAAUACCUUGUGUGUUUGCAAGCAUAUAUUUAAUUAAUAAGAAACUGUAAUGUUGUAUGAUAUUUUAUAAGUACAUUAUAUCUUUGUGGUUCUCUUUUUAUAGCUUGUAAAGUUAACAUCAUUGGGAUUAAUCCAUGAACAAGAAAAAAAACUGCUGGCAGGAAAAAGGGAAUUCAGACGCUAACGAGGUGUAUUUCCGUCUCAUUGGCGCUAUUUGUCUUUCUUAUAAUAAAGGCGUUUAUGUAUCCUGGUUUACACCA